CAUACCUUGCUGCAAUUAAUAAGAUGAGAAUACUGUUGUCAAAAUGACGCGUUAAUAUGAGUAUAUUUGAUCAUAGCUUUUAUUUUUGUUGAAGAAUAGGAAUCGCAUAUCACCUACUCUCGUUUUCGUGGCGCGCAAAAUCAAUCAGCGGUGAUGUCGACAGUGAGUGUUCCGAUGUGUGUGCCUCCGGUUGAACAAGACUGUGAGCAACUCCGAGCUGCCUUCAAAGGAUGGGGAACAAAUGAGAAGUUGAUCAUAUCAAUUUUGGGUCACAGGAAUGCUGCCCAGCGCAAUUCGAUCCGGCAGGCUUACGCUGAAACCUAUGGUGAAGACAUCCUCAAGGAGUUAAACAAGGAGCUCUCAAAUGACUUUGAGAAAAUUGUAGUGCUCUGGACACUGGACGGUCCGGAACGUGAUGCCCUUUUGGCCAAUGAAGCAACUAAGAAAUGGACAGCAAGCAAUCAAGUGCUUGUGGAGAUUGCCUGUACAAGGUCACCUAAGGAGUUGAUUGCUGUCAGAGAGGCUUAUCAUGCUCGUUUCAAGAAGUCCCUUGAAGAAGAUGUUGCACAACACACAACUGGGGACUACCGCAAGCUUUUGGUGCUUUUGGUGAGCUCAUACCGCUAUGGAGGCGAUGAGAUCAAUAUGACUCUUGCUAAACAUGAGGCUAAAUUGUUGCACGAGAAGAUAUCAGACAAGUGCUAUGCUGAUGAUGAUGUCAUUAGGAUUCUGGCUACAAGGAGCAAAUGCCAAAUCAAUGCCACCUUGAAUCACUAUAGAGAUGAAUAUGGACAAGAUGUCCUCCAGGACUUGGAAGGGGAUGGAAAAGACGAGUUCCUUUCCAUACUAAGAACAUCAAUCCAAUCUCUUCUCUACCCUGAGAAGUACUUUGUGGAGGUACUUCGGGGUGCAAUCAACAAAAGAGGCACAGAUGAAGGUGACUUGACAAGAGUUAUUGCAACCAGAGCUGAGGUUGAUAUGAAGGUCAUUCUGGAGGAAUUCCAGAAAGUGAAUAGUAUCCCUUUAGAUCUCGCCAUUGCUAAAGACACCCGUGGUGAUUAUGAAGAUAUGCUCUUGGCUUUGCUUGGCCAUGAUGAUAAUUGAAGAAUAUCACACAUCUCAUCUCAAUAAUAAUGAUUAUUCCCAGAGUUUCCCUUGAAGCUUUUUCAAUAUAGCGCUUUAUAUGUGAUUUAUCGUGCGUGUUUCGAGUGCUUUUUUAAAAAACAAUGUGGUUCAAGAACUCGAUUUCUGUUAUACGAAGCAUCUUGUUAACUAUUGCAUAGUUAUAUGUGUUUUCAUCUUGUCAAAAUUUUAUUAAAUCUAUUCAGC